CUUAUCAGUCGUCAUUUUCUUGUGUUUCGACCUCAGUUUCUCUUUGGUUCACGUAAACUAAGGCAGCUGAAAAUCUGAGUCUCUAAUACAUUUAUUUUAUAAAGGUUUCUCUUUAUACGCCUGUGAAAAAUGAAUACAAUCUGGAAAGCGGUUUUUGGUCUCAGCACCAUAAUUGUGGCAGCGAACUGCCUGACCUGCCGUCAAUGCUCUGUUGGCAUAUUUGGAAGCUGCUUGUUUGGGAGUGACGCCAUUUGCGCUAACUCAACAGAGAGCUGCUACACAGGAGAAGCACAGUUCAACGCUACGGGGUCGCUGACCCUGCACACCAGGGGCUGCUUGGACUCGGACCUGUGCGGGUUGACGCUGACCGGGUCCGUUCUGGGAGGCGCGUACACCAGCGCCUACAAGUGCUGCGUCACAGACCUGUGCAAUGGAGCCACUUCCGUCCAACUGUCCGCGGCACUCUGUGCGGCCAUCUUGCUCCCACUCUGGGAAUUCUGGGAGUUGUAGUCUAACAUGAAACGCCUCUGUGCUCGCUAAUUUUCAUUUGUUGAUCGUCAGUUUUGUCUUAUUUUAGAUGUAAUCCUUUGUUGGUUGAAGUAAAAAAAGUUGUACUGUGAUUUCACACUGAUUCUCUGUGAUUAUGAUAAUUUAUUACUGUAAAAAUCAAUAAAAAUGGAUUUAAGCUC